GAUACUAUUAUUAUGGCAGGGAAGCCCAUACUUCACUACUUUGACGGACGGGGCAGGGCGGAGUCCAUCCGAUGGUUCUUGGCUGCAGCGGGGGUAGAGUUUGAAGAGAAAUACAUAAAAACUCGAGAAGACUUGCAAAAGAUGAGAAGUGAUUCUAGUUUUAUGUUCCAGCAAGUGCCCAUGGUUGAGAUUGAUGGGAUGAAGUUGGUGCAGACCAGAGCCAUUCUCAACUACUUUGCCAACAAACACAACCUCUACGGGAAGGACAUGAAGGAGAGAGCCCUGAUUGAUAUGUAUACAGAAGGCAUAGCAGAUUUGAAUGAACUGAUUAUUCAUCAUCCAUUUCUUCCACAAGAGCAACUAGAAGGAAGUCUUACUCAGAUAAAAGAAAAAACAAAAAACCGUUAUUUUCCUGCCUUUGAAAAGGUGUUGAAGAGCCACGGACAAGACUACUUGGUUGGCAACAAGCUGAGCAAGGCUGACAUUCACCUGGUUGAGCUUCUGUACCAUGUGGAGGAGCUGGACCCCAGUGCCAUUGCCAACUUCCCUCUGCUUCAGGCACUCAAGACAAGAGUCAGCAACCUCCCCACUGUGAAGAAGUUCCUGCAGCCUGGCAGCCAGAGGAAGCCACCUGUAGACGAUAGACUCAGAGAAGAAGUGAAGAAGAUUUUCAUGUAA